ACACUGCUUACUUUUUUAUGUUUUUUUCUUUGUUGAGAUUUCUUAUUGCAUACAAUUGCUGCAGAUUUUGAAUGAUUCCCUCUUUUUUCCAUGGUUUUUAAGCUCGUCUUCGGGUUGGAACAAAUAAUUGAAAAAAGUAUUCAUUUGACAACCAUCCUUUAGAUCACCACUAGUUGUUUUGGGUCCAUAGUUGAUUGCCUGUAGGCACGAUGCAACACUGGAAGAGUUGUUACAACUUACAAGUAAAUCAAACUCAGUUCAUUUAAACAUAAAGAAAAAACAAGGAAGAUGAUUGAAAUCUCUUUUAAUAUUGUAGUGAUUAUGGAGUUAUUAUUGGUAAUGGUUUCUGGGUUCUUACAUUUUUCUUUGUUUUUUUGUUAUAGCAUCAAUGUAUUUUGUCUGAACCCUGUUGUGGAAGAGGUAGCUGUUUGCAUAUAUCUUGGGGAUUCACUUCUAGAAUAGGAAGUAUAUCAAAGAUGUACUGCUAAAAGCUUUGGGAAGUUCAUAUUAUUCUGUUUCGGUUUGGGAACUGAAUAAUGUUAACUAGAAUCGAAUUUCUCUCUAUAAUUUCACUUUGAUGUUAGAAACCGUAACUUUUGAAUCUAACCAUUGAAACAUCACAAUUAUGUGGUCUUUUUUGUUUUCCUAGCAUAAAGAAGAUAAAUUCCUAUCAAAAGGUGUUGUUACUCUGCAUUUUAAGGCUCUGACUUUACCAUUUCUUGGAUCUUUUUUGUAGAGAACUUGUUCAUGCAUUUAUUUAUUUUAAUCAAACAAUCUUUGAAUCUGUUUUCAGUCUUUUAUUACCUUUGCAAACAUUAGUAUUAUCAAUUCAUGCCCUACGUCCUUUCCACAAAAUCUUGAGCUGAUUUUGUGUUUGUUCAUAAGUAUUUCCUUUUCGAUAAUUAAGUUGCGAAUUUAAAACAUCAUUUUGAAAACAAAUGCACCUUUUAAUCUAUUGAUGUUAAUUAAUUAUGCUAGUAUAUAUGUUAAUGUGAUAUUUUAUGCUAAAAUAACCAUAUUAACGUGUGCCUUGGUUCUAGAUCUGGGUUGAUCCGGGUUGACCCACCAAACCUAUGACCCGGUCAUUUUACCGGAUCAAUGGCCGGGUCGGGUUUUAUAACUAUGCCUAAAACCCUUCCCUAGCGACCACCGAUCAUAGAUUAAUAAAUCAUUCAAUGUCAGCCAACACUUUGCUAAUCUGCUUCAAUACUCGACAUUGCACUGCUACCACUCAGUACUGACCUUCAAUCUUUGAAAAUCGACAUUCUGCUAUAUCUGACCUGCUUCCUCUUCACUAUCAACCUGCAAGGCUGUUGCAACCUUUUCACUUUCAUCCAUGAAAAUGGCAAAAACUAAGGGUUCUUCCAAGAAGCAGCAAAAGCGUGGAAUUGACUUCAAAAAAAUAAAGCGAAAGAUCGGCAGGAAAUUGCCACCUCCUAAGAAUACUACUAACACAGAAAUUAAAUCCAAAGCAAUUGUUCUUCCAGAGCAGAGUGUGGCAUCAGAGAAAGCAGGUUUAGCUGUGAGCAAGAAAGGCUUGACUUUGAAAGAGCUUCUUCAACAUACAUCCCAUCACAAUGCGAAAGUCCGUAAAGAUGCCUUGAUGGGCAUGAAGGAUUUAUUCCUCAAUCAUCCAGAAGAGCUUAAAUUGCACAGAUAUGCUGUUAUAGAAAAAUUACGUGAACGGAUGAGUGAUGAUGAGAAAACUGUUCGAGAAAACCUAUAUCAACUUCUUAAGUUAGUGAUUUUACCGGGCUGCAAAGAGGAUAAUCAAGGACCUGUCAUUUCGUUAAUGAUGGCUUACAUUUUUAAUGCAAUGACACAUUUAGCAAUUGACGUUCGACUUAUGGCAUUCAAAUUUUUUGAUCUCGCUGUUGAAUAUCAUCCUCCUUCAUUUUUCUCGUAUGCUGAAAAGAUACUUCAAAAUUAUGAAGAUAUUCUUCGGAAGAACCAGUUCUAUUUAGAAGACAAAGUCAAGCUGAAGAAUGCUCUUGCUGGUUUGGUGCGAUGCUUGUUGUUGUUGCCAUCUAGUAAAGAUGUUAACCUGCCUGCAAAGAAUAUCCCUGAGAAAAAAAUAUUGCAAGCUUUUGAGCCUGAUGUGCCUACAGUAUUUGCAGAAUAUUCCGUCAUCAUCAAGAAGCUGAAAGACCUUGUACCAGUUUUAGUCAAUUGCUUCCAAGAUUUUCUCCCUGUACUUCACGACUCACUAGAUGCACAAUCAUUUGAUUGCAUGCUUAACAUACUUCGGAGCAUAGAUCUUGCAGUCGCAUUCUUUAUCCAUGGGAUUCAGCAAGGUCAUCCCGAAUCACCACCUCUUGAUCAAAGCUUCUCAUCAGUAUUGUUGAAGAAGUUACUAGUUGUGUUUCCCCUCAGUCCAAUGCAUCACCUUUCAGAAAAGGAUGAUGACAGAUAUGUUAUUUUGAACAUUGUAAUUACAGAAAUAUUUAUGCACUUAAGUGAAUGGAUCUGCCCACCUGCUGUCUUAUUUGAGAAAUUUCUAACAUUUGUGGAGUACGUGUUGCUUGAAAAGAGCUGCAGUAACGUGCGAUCUAACAAAGCAGUUCGAGAAAAGCAGAUAUCUACACUGAUUCCUUUUAUCCCAAAACUUGUGUCACGGGUGAUUGGAAAUUGGAAGAAUCGCCUUCUCCAGGCAUUUACAAAGACAUUCCAGGAUUGCAGUCCAGAGUCUUCAGUAAAAUUAGCUUGCCUUGCUGCAAUUGAAGAAAUGGUCAUUUCUCAUGAAGAUCUGCUGUGCACAGAUGUCAAUGAUUCAGGACUAUUUGACUACAAGAUUACUUGGAUAAGAGAGCUGCCUAUGUUACUCAUUCUGCUAGGCGACCGGCACUCAUCCUCUUCCAAGGUUGUGUUGCAUCUUCUACUUCGCCUGGGGCAACGUUCAUUGUUGUAUGAUGAUAUGCAAGGCUUGCUGAAAGAGUUCUACAGCACAGAUCAAGACAAAGGGAACAUAUGUUAUGGUCCUUUUUUAAGGCUAGCCAGGGAUUCACAAGAACUCUCUAUCUGUUGUCUUUAUUAUUUUUCUCAACUGGAUUCAACUUUGCUGAAGUCAAUUGCUUCUUGCUGCUUGUGUCAUGAGUUGGAUCCGUUUAUGUUAUUCCGGAUCAUAGAGGUUUUACAUUCAACCUACAAAGCUGGCCAUAUUCAGAUUUCUGACUUCAUCAGCUUCUUAAUCACUUUGGCUUCGCGUUUCAAAGUUUUUCCUGAAAAUAUUUUUCCUGCCACGGAGAGAGAUAAGAAGACCUCAAAUCGUGCAACUUUUAAAUCAUUGAUCAGUGUUGUUUGCUCAUGCCUGUCGCAGAUGGGUGACAAUUCUCUAGUUUUUGCGAUUCUAGAGAAAGUAAUACUAGAGCAGAUAUCAUUAAAACCACCUCUGGACAAUUCCUGUGCUAUGCUCAGAAUGCUUGUUGCACUGGAUUCUAAGCCCACGAGACUUUCUAAACAAAGUAUUUGCUCUUUAAGCAAUGUCCUUUCAGCAUAUCUCAUUGAUGUUGCACAUUGUGUUCCAGAAGAUGAUGAUGAGAGCAUGAGCUCCAUCCAUGGACAAACACGUCGUUAUUAUCUUCUGCCUAGCUUUAUCCUGUUUGAUAGAAGUCACAAACUUCUCAAUCUUGUGUUGAACGUGAUGGGGUCAUUGAUUAAUGGAAGAAGUUUCUCACUUCUAUCUGGUGAUCGUAUCUGUUAUGCCAAGGGGAGCUCAAGUAUUAUAAAUGCUAUUGUUUCUGUUUUACUAUGGAUGCAAAGGGAAGCUAAGGUUCAGCAAAUUCUUUAUUUAUACAAGGAAGAGAUUGACCACAUUUCACGAAGCAUAUGCUCUUUACAGUCUUUAGAGGAAAUCAACGUGCCAAUAGAAGAAAGACACAUUAUAAAGUGUGCAAUUGAUCGAUUAAAGACUCUAACAAGUUCAUUAUAUCAGUAGAAGCAAAUGACUUAUAAUAUCAUUGCGGAUACUCAAUUUCCCAGCAAAUAGAGGGAAGUUGGAGAGAUUGCAUAAUAAGAUGACCCAUAAUUGCAAGAUACGAACUUGGAAAAGGUGAACAGCUUUGAUGGUCUAUGAGGAUUUGCCAUUGUGGCUGGGAACGUGGAAAAGAAGAUGGCUUUUUUCGCAAUUCAAUGCAGGCACCAUCUAUAUUCCAUGUUUUCUGUGGCAUGCGUGCACAGUUUUGAAGUCUUAAAUGGCAUGUAUUGCCUACAAUUUUGAAUUAGGUAAUAGAUGAUUAGAGGGGGGGGAAUAGGAAUGUUGUUGGAGGUAAAAUUUUGUAAUGGAAAGAAGUGAAGGUUCAUCCGUUGUUAGAUGAUCACUUGCACAGGACAUUUCUCUUCCUUCUCUGAUUUUGUUUUCUUUUCAUUCUUUCUUUCGUUUUGUUCAUCUCAUGGAUCCAUUUUGUCGUAUGAAAUAGGCUAACAGCCUGCAAGUGUAUUUGGCUUUA